UACAGUGAAAAACUUUGUUUUCCAUGCCAUCCAUACAGAUCAUUUCAUCACAUCAAGGUAGUACAAGGAAAAAGCAAUAACAGAAUGCUGAAUAAAGUGUUAUAGUUACAGAGAAAGCGUGGUGCAGGCAGACAAUAAGGUGCAAGGCCAUGCCGGGGUAGAUUGUGAGGUCAAGAGACUCCAUCUUGUCGUACAAGGGGUCCAUUCAAUAGUCUUAUAACAGUGGGAUAGAAGCUGUCCUUGAGCCUGGUGGUACAUGCUUUCAGGCUUUUGUAUCUUCUGCCUGAUGGGAGGGGGAGAAGAGAGAAUGUCCGGGGUGGGAGGGGUGUUUGAUUAUGUUGGCUGCGUUACCAAGGCAGCGAGAAGUGUAGACAGAGUCCAUGGAGGGGAGGCUGGUUUCCACGAUGUGCUGAGCUGUGUCCACAACUCUCUGCAGUUUCUUGCGUCAGGAAUCAUUCACCAUUAGGUCUAAACCUCUCUCUCAUUCCCCCAUCUGCAAUCCCACAUUUUCUUAAGUGUCAACCAUCCACCUGUUCCAUCUACAGAUUACAUUGUGAGGUAAGACCUACAGGGUCGUUUUAGUUCAAGGACACAACAAUGGAUAUAUUUGCCAUGUUACCAAAAUCCACAUUUCUACCAAUUUAUAUUGUUUACUUACUAAAACUUAUUUAAUUCUCUCUUAGAUUAAUUUAUGUUGUGUACCAUUGUCAUCUCCCGGUAAAUUCCCUUCUACUCAUCUCCCCACCAUAUUAAAUAGUUAUAUCUGAUAAUUCCAUUCUACUGAGCCUCAACUCAACCCGACUCAGGAUUCACAUUACUGUCAUCUUUGCAAAUGUAGGAGAAAUUUGCAAAUGUCAGAAACAGCUCCCUCAGACCCUUCUAGUGUAAAGACUCAGCUGCAUUCUUUCUUAAUAGCACAGGUCUCUGAAACUUGGUAUCUUCUGGGUAGUUCUUUGCUGCACAGUCCCCAGUGUUGUGACAUUUUUUGUAUAAACUAUGGAUGAACUGAUAACGUCAGGGGGUUCAAUGUAACAACAUAUGAAGCACCCUGGAACAUUUAGAAAUGGUAGAUGACUGCAAGUUGUUACAAACAAUCUUGGCAUUGGUUCUGUUUCUGACUGUGUAAAUGUUUUCUAUGAUUUGUUGACUAGUACUCAAAUUCCCUUUUAAGACCUGCGGACUAAGAUGAUUUGAGCUCCAGCCGCAGAUUGAGUUCCCAUCCUGACUGGUUCCAUCACCGCCUGGUACGGAGGCUCCAAUGCGCGGGAUUGCAAGAGGCUGCAGAGGGUUGUAGACUCGGCCAGCUCCAUCACGGGCACCACCCUCCCCGCCAUCGAGGGCAUCUUCAAGAGGCGGCGCCUCAAGAAGGCGGCGUCCAUCACUGAGGACCCUCACCACCAGGGACAUGCCCUCUUCACGUUACUACCAUCGGGGAGGAGGUACAGGAGCCUGAAGACCCACACUCAACGGUUUAGGACCAGCUUCUUCCCCUCCACCAUCAGAUUUCUGAACGGUCCAUGAACCCAUGAUCACCGCCUCCUUCCUCCUCUUGCACUGGUUAUUUAUUUGUGGACUUACACUGAGGUUUCUGUCUGGCACUGAACUGCUGCCGCAAAACAAGACAUUUCACGACAUACCAGUGAUGAUAAGCCUGAUCCUGGUCGCCCUGAUCCCCGACACGGGGCACCGCUCCCGCUCGCCACCCUGAUACCGACCUCCGGUCCCGCCGCCGCCUCUCCCGCUGAUGCCGGCCGCUGUCUCCGUCACCGGGACAAUAAAGUUGGUUGUGUUGAAGUCAGCGACUUCCGGUGUGAUGGCGGCUCGCCGCUGGCGGGCGGCUGGUGUCGGGGCGUCAUGUGGGGCGGGCGGCAGGGCCGGGGGUCUGGCGGGGACCUCGGGGACCUGGGCCGUGGGUCUGGCGGGGAGCUCGGGGACCUGGGCCGGGGGUCUGGCGGGGAGCUCGGGGACCUGGGCCGGAGGUCCCGCGGGGAGCUGGCGGAGCUGCUGAGGCGGCAGCUGAAACUUCAGGCGAACAAGAAAUUUAUUCAGAACUUGCCAGACAAGGGUAAACGAAUCGAUGAGUUCAUACAAAAACUCGAGGCUGCAAUUGCUCACCAUGAGGAGGUGGAACGAACUGCGGAACUGCUUUCAGCAGUUAAACUGGAGUUUCAAAUGAAGCAGGAGAUGACUCUCGACAAGGCAGAGACCCUUACCGAUGAGAGUGUAACAUCAGCUCCAACAGCAGGACAGGCUGUUAGAAACAAAUUGGUUUGGAAUCAGCAUGUUUUGUCAGAGGUUGAUGUUAAAGGAGGUGUUAAGAAAGAGAGUUCUGAAGUUUGUGUUGAGAAUCAAAAAUCAAGUCCUGAGAGAACCACCGUUUUGGAGCGAGAGCAAGCAAUGGUAGGAAGUCGCACAGCUAAGGCACCUAUGAAAAAUGAGAACCUUUUUGAUUCUAUGGUGGACAACCAUGGUACCAUGGGUAUAAAGCAGGAAGAAAAUGAUCGUACCAAUCAGCAUCGUGCCACAAAUGUGAUGAAAAUAGAUUUUGAUAGUACAUCUGAUUUGCUCAGUGAUAGAUUUGGCAGAGUCUCUCUGACAGAAAACAAGCACAGAAAGGUGCAGAGGAAAGUACACGAGCAGCCAACUGCAGUCGAUGAUGUGAAGUUCAAUGACAAUCCCUUUUGGACUCUUCACCACCAAGUGAAGAAAACUCCUCAUUAUGUUGAUGUACUUCAGCACAGAGCUAUGAAUCCAGUGGUGAAAAAAGCACAAUUUAAAACUAACCACCCAAUGUCUGGAUCUCCUGGUUCAUCUCCGGACCGAUCACCUGGCAGAACUGAGCUGAAACUUUCUCCUGCAGAACGUAGAUUGAGGAACCGGAAGCACCUUGAUGAGAUCACGGCUGCGAGACUGCCCCCACUUUACCAUUCUCCUGCUCAACUACUGUCUGUAGAAGAAUCUGCAGAAUUACAAAUGUCACAAAAGCAAAAGUAUGAGUCCGCACAGGCCAAGAUAGCUGCAGAGAAACUAACUCAAAGACUGAACAUUAAAACGGUCAACUUUGAUCUGAAACAUGAAGCUCCUCCAGUAUAUCAAGGAUAUAGAGAUCAGGGAGACAGCAGUUCUUCAGAAGAUGAUUUAACUUGACAGUAAGCAAAGUUUGAGUGUUGUUCUCUGGUAGUGAUAGCUUAGAGACUGGAAAAUGAUCUCCUUUAGCCAAAUGACAUCUCUAUGCAAAUGCUCAUAUUGUAGCAUUAUGAUUGUUAAUAUAAUAAAAGAUUUUUAUGUCCAUCUUUACUGAUGCAAGAGCUGGCUAUUUAUUUUAAUAUCUUAAUCAAAUUGCAGCAGCAGAAGCAUAUUUCUUUCUGCAGCAAUCUUGGGUCAUAUGGAAAGUCAAACAUCAAUUUGUGUAUGAUUGAAACUGCAAUGGAAAAAUCGUAAUUGUGUUUAAUUUGUGCUGUUGUGGUCUUCUUUGCUUCUUGCCUCACCUGCAUCAUGCAUCUUAAUCCAAGCUGAAGCCUCUUUGUUGAAACUAUUUUUAUUUUUUUCCCAACAGUGUACAGUUAUAGUUAGAAUGUCUGCUUUUAUUGUUUGAAUAGUUUUAAUGUUUAAAUGAAAAUCUGUAAGUUUGGCACAAUUAUUUGUAUCACUGAACAUCAAUACUAAAUUCUCUUAUUAAAAAGUAUUUAGCAGAAAUAUUUGAAACAUUACUUUUGUAAGAAGUGCAUGGACCACUGAUGUAUUGACUAAGAAUUUUCAGUUGAUUGUACUUGGGUGCAUUGCAGCCAAAAUUGGCCUAACUGGCACAAAACAGUUGUGCAAUUUCAAGCACCACUUGUGUCCAUGAGCAAUUGCAAUGAUCUUAAGAACAUCAUGCUGGAACCAGCCUUUCUUUCCUUCCUACCAAAAAACUGGUACCACACCUACUGUGUAUUAAUCACUAUUAAGAGUUUCCAUUUAAUUGUCUGUUUGUACAGUGGGCAUCAUUUGCACCAGAAUUGGCCAAUGCAGAAACUUAUCUUUUCAAUCUGUGUUUUUGUAAGGAUAUGAAUGAGAAAGAUUUGAUAAUCUUAUUUAUACUGUUGCUUGCAGCUUCCAUAUUUAUAUUACUUCAGGAGCCAGCUAAUGUAUUAUUGUGAAUGAACAGUAAUGAAAUAUAUGUGCUGUCAGGAGACUGGAGGGAAAGGGAUCUGAUCUUUGCACUUUUUUGUUCUGCCUAUCUUAAUUGUGGCCUUAAAAAAUUUUGUACUUAAACUCAUGUUCUUGAAUUAGUCUGGGCAUAUUGAGUAACACUCCACAGCAUCAGCCUAUUUUGUUUGGAUGAUUUAAUCUUUUAGAGCUUAGAAGAACUACUUUUUGUAGAAGUUAAAUAGGAAACUAGUAAUUUUUAUAAUCAGUGACUGGAUUUGAACUGCUUCCGUCAAAGUGUACAUCUUCUGCAGUAUUGUCAAUGCAUCAUUCGCUUCAGAACGAAAUUGGUAUUUGAAUUUUCCUUACAGGAGGGAAUGAUGAUGCACUGCACUCAUGCUGUGGCUCCCUCAUGGUCCAUUGCCAUGUUGUUUUCUGUUCAAUUUUCUAUGGUAGUGUAGCGGUCAGCGUAACGCUAUUACAGUGCCAGCAACCCAGGUUCAAUUCCGGCCACUGUCUGUAAGGAGUACGUACAUUCUUUCCGUGUCUGCGUGGGUUUCCUCCCACAUUCCAAAGCCGUAAGGGUUAGGAAGUUGUGGGCAUGCCAUGGGUGCUGGAAGCGUGGCGACACUUGCGGGCUGCCCCUGAACACUCAAUGCAAAAGAUGCAUUUCACCGUGUGUUUUGAUGUACAUGUGACUAGUAAAGAUAGCUUGUCUUAUCUAGCUGUUCAGUAUUCCUACAAAGAAGGUCCUAUUUGUGCAUUUAUAUUAAAACUGAAGUGAAUUUUGCUGAAUGUCAUAUAGUUAACAUGGUAUAACUGUCCCAGUUUGCCCCUGUUUAUCUUUCCAUUUCAAAAGAUAAUUUUCUGCAGAAUUCUUCCUUUUCUGCACCAGAAAUUAGAAACGCACAUAAAGCUGAAGGGAAUGGUUUACUAUGUUGCAUUAGAUUUACUUGACCUAAACUAUUGGCUCCAAAGUGACACGGUUAUUUUGUAGCAUCAAGGAGAGUGUUAGUAUCUAUUAUAUAAGUACUCAUUGUUGAAACAGAAUACCUUCAAACAUCAAUGCUAACUAACUGGUUUUUAAAAAAAAGUCAUACUUUGGUGUUAAGUGUGUCGCAAUAGAUAAAUAUGGGUUUAAUACUGCAUCCAUUAGUUGAAUGUUUUUCUUUUCCCUAUCUAAAUGUGGUGUGUCUGAUGUAUUUGGGCAAGGCUGCAGAGAAAGAAUAUCUUCUGAAAAUAUUGGAUUAAUAUGUAUACAUCCUGAAGAAUGAGAGCAUCCUAACCAGAGUGGUAAAACAAAAAAAAAACUGCAGGUGUUGGAAAUCUGAAGUGGAAAAUGCUGGAAACACUCAGUAGGUUAGGCAACAUCUGUGGAAAGAGAAACAGUUAAUGUUUCGGGUCGAAGACCCUUUGUCAGAAUGAGUGUUUCCAGCAUUUUGUGUUUUUAUUUCAAACUAACCAGUUCUUUCUUCACUGAGUUGGCUAAAACACUGUUUAGAAACAGCUUGAGAAAGGAUCAGUUAUGAUGAGGGGGGGAAAAAUCUCAGCAAGCUUGAAAAAUUGAGUAGUGUGGAUAUACUACGUGCAAGAGUUUUUUUAAUUUGCUUAUCUAAUGUUAGAUAUCAAAUGGAGACUCGAGUGUUUGAGGGAUGAUGAAAAGAGACCAUUCAAAUCCUCUUGAGCCUUCCUCUGGAACACAAUAGGAUAGAUGAAUACAUAAAUUUGACCAUGUCAGACACUUAUAUAAUGAGAAAUAUUGUGCCUUGUUUACUGUAGGCUUCACGUGAGGAAGUAAUUGAAAGAAUGCAUAGCGUAUGAAUUUCAUUUUAAUGUUCUGGUGCCUCUUUAGUUGCUUGAAGCCUGGUAUUUCUGAAGAGUGGUCUCAUGGUUUCUUCUCAGUGCUUCAAUGUAAAAUGGAAUGAUGUGAAUACCAGAGGGGCAAUGGCCACUAUUUCCCAAUUCUUGCAGUUUGGAAACAUGUCUUGUUGUAAACAAAUUAAAUCCAUGGAUCAUUGGAGCCAGGUAUAGAAGAGGACACCCAGUGUGGGUUGACUUGUUCAGUCCAAUAUUCUACAUAGAGGGUACUAAACCUAAUGUUGCAACAAAUACUUGGUGCUGUUAACACAAUUCUAUUGUCUUCCAGUUUGCAACAUAAUGGAAAAUUGGGCAAUAUCAAACUCUUCCAUGUUAGUGUAGUGGUUAGCGUAAUGCUAUUACAGCACCAGCGACCCGGUUUCAAUUCUGGCUGCUGUCUGUAAGGAGUUUGUACAUUCUCCCUGUGUCUGCAUGGGUUUCCUCCCACAUUCCAAAGAUAUACAGGUUAGGAAGUUGUGGACAUGCUAUAUUGGCACCAGAAAUCUGGCUGCACUUGCUGGCUGCCCCCAGAACACUCUACACAAAAGAUGCAUUUCACUAUGUGUUUUGAUGUACAUGUGACUAACAAAGAUCUUAAACAGUGAAUCUUCGUUUUAAGCUUUAAGGUGAUGUAGUUUGGGUUGUCAGAAUCAAUGUUCUGCAUUGGAUAUUUUAUUUGAGACUCAAUACUAUUGGGGAAAGGGCAUUGGGAAAUCUGGGGUAUGUGUUUCACUGCAGCAUGGAUACCUCUCCUCUUGUUUGCAUGUGCUGAGAUUCCAGGGGAAGUUUACUGCAGAAUGUAACACUUCUAAAGAUAUUCCUGGUGCAAUAAUAGGAAUUGGUUUUGAUAUUUAAACAAUGUUAUUUUGUUUACUUGAUGCUGCACUAUGUGGAAUAAAAUAAAUCAUACUUUGCAUUUCUUAGUGUUUAAUGUAACUUCAUUAAAUGUGAAAUACAGGCAAAUCAACCUGGAAUGAAUAGAGCA